AUGGCCACACUACGGGAAAGCUCCCGCUUAGGUCGGGCUAUUUGCAGGCAGCGCUCGCCGUGGCAAUUGACGCCUCUUGUCGCCCAGCGAUGCGCCGCCACCAGCGCUUCAAAGGCCGCUCCCGAGCUGGCUGACCUUGAACCCGCUUCGUCCAUGGGUGUCCCAGGACCAGACGAGGCCGCCGUGAAGGCAUACGAUACUGCGAAGCGCAUCUCCGAGAGGCCACAACAGCUUCCCGGAAAGAGAUACCAAUUCCACCCCCCAAAGUACGACCGCGGCCCGCUGCACCCCGUUCAGUCACCACCCUCUACCGACCCCACGGCACGAGACUUCGUUCCCGGACCCUUCAACAUUCCCCGUCUGCGCCAGACCUACGAGUCCACCGUCGCCUCCGACUUGUUGACGAUGACCUACCUCCACAAGCCCCCGGGAACCCCAGACCGUCCGGAACGCGAGCGACUACGUGAGUGGGACGACUCCUCGCCGUACAACAUCAACCGUCCCCGCCGCGGUCCCAGAGGAGGAAGCAAGCUGGACCUUCUCGAGAAGAACGUCACCUGGCGGAACAUCCCCCAGAUCAAGGCCGUCUCGCUGCACGCCUUCAUGCCCGGCAGCAAGAUGCCCCACGGCACCCUCAACGUCGCGCGGUCCGUCAUCCAAUCCAUCAGCGGCUCCUGCCCCGAGAUCACUGAGGUCACAACCAACGUCGUCCAGUGGAAGAUCCGCAAGGGCGACAAGGCCGGUGUCAAGACCACUAUUUACGGCAACCAGGCCCUGGAGUUCCUUGACAAGCUCAUCAACCUUGUCCUGCCCAAGAUCAAGGACUGGCCCGGUGUCGAGGCCACCACUGGUGACGCCAACGGCAACCUCUCUCUCGGUCUGAAACCUGAUGACCUUGCGUGGUUCCCCGAGCUCCAAAUCAACUAUGACAUGUACCCCGCCAGACUCAUUCCAGGUUGCCAUAUUCACAUCCAAACGACCGCCACGUCAAACCGACAGGCUAGGCUAUUGCUCCAGGCCCUUGGUCUUCCGUUCCAUGGAAAGUUCAGGGAUUGA